UGCUUGUACUCGGUACUUGUACCUGAGCUGGACAAGCCCCGUCCCAGUCACGAUCGGCAAACACGGCCUCUUUUUCUGCUGGGAUUCGCUUCUGGUGAUUCCUCGUCUCAGAAUGACGUCGGCGAUAUCGGCAUGGCCUGUCCACUGCCGUCGCCAUAAAAUCACCCAACUCCCAACACCCAGCUCCAACACGGCCGCCAUGGCACAUAACACAGACUAACCAUGGCCGAUAUACACGUGCGUGACCAUGUCAGGUCGCCGACAGAGACCUCGACCUCGGACCUAUCCCGCGAAACCACAAACUCGGAUUAUGGCGAUCUGGACCACGACGAGGAAAAGUCCCAGGACGGCCGCGGGCCUGCGUCCAUUGCGACAGGCCGGUCCGCGAGCCUCACCAGGACAGUCACUCGGAGAGAGACCCUCUUGUCGCGGAUCAGGUCCCGGCCGCCCAUAGGCACUUUCACCCAUCCGCUCGAGCACCGCCAGACGACGGUCGAAGAUCUGGUUGAUUUCGAUGGCGCGGAUGACCCCUACAGGCCCGUCAACUGGACCAUGAAGAAGAAAGUAAUCACCACUGCCCUGUACGGGUUUACCACAAUGUCCGCCACCUGGGCGAGCAGUAGCUACAGUCCAGGGACGGAGCAGGUCUCGCAUGAUUUCCACGUUGGGACCGAGGUCUCGACGCUGGGGACGACGCUUUUUUUGAUUGGGUUCGGUAUUGGUCCGCUGCUUUGGGCACCACUGUCGGAGGUCUAUGGCAGAAAGAAUGCUGUCCUCCCACCCAUGUUCGUUGCCGCCUGUUUCUCGUUCGGGACUGGUGCAGCCAAAGACAUCCAGACCAUCAUGAUCACGAGAUUCUUUGCCGGCUUCUUCUCUUCGGCGCCUGUCACUAACACUGGCGGCGUUCUCAGUGACUUGUUCCCAGCGUCCCAGAGGGGUAUUGCAAUCGCUUCCUAUGCAAUGGCAGUGGUCAUUGGCCCAGUAUUUGGACCUAUCGUUGGCGCCGCCCUUGUAGUUCAGCCGAGUCUCAGAUGGAGAUGGACCGAGUACCUCACGGGAAUCAUCCAGCUCUUCGUCUUGGUCUUCGAUGUCAUCUUCCUGGACGAGUCAUAUCCUCCACGACUUCUGAUAUACAAGGCGCGGCGCCUGCGACAUCAAAGCGGGAAUUGGGCACUUCAUGCGAAAUUCGAGGAGUGGGACGUGUCUGUCACAGAGUUAGCAAACAAGUUUUUGGUUCGACCUUUCCAGUUGUUGAUGACCCCGAUCUGUGCACUUGUGGCUCUCUAUGCGAGCUUUUGUUAUGGUAUCUUGUAUAUGCAACUUGGUGCGAUUCCGAUCAUCUUUGGCGAACACCGCCGUUGGAAACUACUUCCCUCUGAACUUCCAUUCCUGGCGAUUCUGCUGGGAGCCAUCACUGGCGCCAUCAUCAACGUUUUCAACCAACUGGUAUAUAACCGCAAGUCGGGAGGCAAAGUGGCCCCCGAGUUGCGUCUGCCUCCGAUGAUGUUUGGAUCUUUUCUUUUCUCGUCAGGCCUCUUCAUCACUGGGUGGACAUCCGACCCGAAGUUUCCGUGGAUCGCCCCUGUCAUCGGGUUGUAUAUGACGGGGCUGGGGUUCUUCACCAUCUUCCAAGCGGCACUGAACUACCUCGUCGACACAUUUCAGAAGUACGCUGCCAGUGCGGUGGCAGCCAACACAUUUUUGCGAUCAUGCUUUGCUGCAGCGUUUCCGCUUAUCGUGUCUCCCAUGUACCACAACAUUGGGGUUCCUUGGGGGACGAGCAUUUUUGGGUUCUUUGCCGUUGCCUUGAUACCCGUACCGUUUGUGUUCUUUGUUUUUGGAAAGCGGAUAAGAGCGAAGAGUAAAUGGAGCAGGUUCUAGAUUUUGUCAGUUUGGAAUACAGAUGUGGGAUACUUUCAGGCCCUUCUUACGAUAUACAACACUUUAGCAGAGGAGUUGAUCGGUGGAGGCCUAAAUGGCGGGCUGGCCCUUGACUUUGGCUGGUCUGACAACGAAGCGUACGAAUAGACAUGCGUAUCAUAUUAUGCCAGUGUCUUGAUUGUUUCGGCCAAUAUCCGGUUGAGCCCAGGGGAGCAACCACACGGUGCAUAUUACCUAUACGGAGUAGCUAUUUAAAAAGCUUGAUCCGGGCCGAAGAUGCAGG